GUAAACAAAAAGAAUGCAUGAUAGAGAGCGGCUUCGGCGGUUGUGAUGGUGGUGGUGGCGGUGGUAGUAGAGGCGGUGGUGGUGGUGGGAGGCGGCGAGGCACGCAGGCGCGGCCGAGGGUCUGGCGGGGCUAGGGUCUGAGCUGCAGUAGUGAGGCUGUGACGCAAGGUGCUGGGAGUUUGUGGGUGACGCGCUACCACCGCCGCCACCACCGCUGCUGCUGCUGCCGCCGCCGUCACCAACACCCAGGCCAUAUGUAAGAGCCUCAAGCCUAUGUGUACCGUGAAAGACAAACAAAUGGCUUAGAAUGACGCCAAACUGAGUAGUGGAAGCCAUAAAGAACGAAGAAAUGCAAGAAAAAACUCAAUAAAUAACAGAUUAACAACAAAAAACACGUGAAAAUGUGACUAAAAGAGCAACAAACGGAGGAAACACGAAGAAACUGAACAUAAGAAGUGGAAAAAAAAAAAUAAAGAAAACAACCUCAGGACAUCAGCAAAACAUCGAAGGAACCCAAACACCUAAAGAAGACUUGAGUGUGGGAGUAAAAAGUAACAUCGGCCACCUGAGUCUCCAACGUCAGGUGUGCGCCUCCCCAACCACCGACUAACGAGACAACAACAGCUUACCAAGGCAUCAUUACGCCUUUCACAAACGAGGCAGUCAUGUGGAGGAAGCAGAGUCGCAUGCUGUUCCUGCUGCUGCUGCUGCUGCUGCUGACCGCCUCCACCCCGACCAGCGGCGGGCGGACGGGCGAGGGAGAUGCAAUCAAUACCGGGCAAGGCGAGGAGCCGCCCCCGCCCCAAGGCCGCGGUGGACCACUGCCGGUCACGCCCCUCCCCGCCCGAACCGAGUCCCCGCGGGCCAUUGUGACGCAGGGCAGGGCACAGCCCCAGGGCACGGCGCCCAGUCUGCCCAGCGCCUCGCAGUCUUCCACUUCACUGCAAUUCUUCCAGUCGUCUUCCUCCCACCACACCCGCGUGGGCGCCACCAAAGACCCAGCAUCCCAGGGGCUGCCGCAGGACUCACUUGCGUCCUCUACAACACCCACGGGGGCACCCCAGGGGCACACAGAGAAGGGGGGUCCACUGAACCUCCCACCCUCAUCCCCACUACCCCCACGGAGGCCGCUGAGGCCCGACCCUCCGCCCUCCACGCCGCCACCCACACCCUCCGCUGAGGCCCCCCUGACACUCCCCGUCCCGCAGAGAAUAUCUCAGCCGCUCCAGGAAGCCUCGAACGGUCGCCGGAAACACCGACGAGUGUUCAAGGCCGCCGCCGGUGUCACCUCAGGCGGCCGAGGGCGCCGCCCCCCCAGCCCUCAAAGAGACACUCCCGGGGUGCCUGGCCUGGCUUCCGGUACCUCCAGUGAGGAGGCUGAAGGCGAGGUGCCCCGUGAACGGUACGAGUCUUUGUGGAAGGCCGAGGACGAGAGGCACGCGGGGCCUGGGGAGGACUUGUCUGGGGACACAAACGAGUCCCCGGCCGGGACUUUGAAGGAGACGGGACUGUGGAGCACCACAGAGCGUCCUGCCCCAACCUCGCCCUCUCCCCCACUCUCACCCUCAAAGGAUAAUCGACACGAGGAACAGGCAGGAGGUUUUACCAGUGAAUGGGUGUUGAAGGGCGAGUCAAUAGAGGAAGCCUCGGAGGAGUUCGUUGAUACCCAAUCAAUGGGGGGCGGGGGGGAGGGUGGGGGGCACGGCGGCAGCCCGGAGGACACUGAUCACCAGGAAAUGACUCCCUUUCCCGGAGAUUCGACUGAAGGCGUGAACGACACCAGGGCGGCAGCGGCUCCCCCGGUGGACCUGGACACCCUGGAGCUGGAGCUGGCGGGCAAGGAGGAGGAGGCCACCAGCGACCUGCUGCUGGCUAUCUCCAUCCUGCAGCACCACUUCGUCCCCGACGGACCCACCGACCAGUCCCUCAACUCCACCGAGGGGGUGGGCGGCAAACUCAGAUUUACCACCAAGUCUGCCCGCGGCAGGGGUCGUCCGACCCUCCCGCCUCGACGGAAAGCCGACAAAUUCAACGUUGAAAUAUUUGACGCGCUGUCCCCAGAGUCUGAGGAGUUCGUGGGGCAGGUGGAGGAGGAGCCAACGCAGUCGGCACCCCCCGAGCACCAGCAGGUGAACCCGAUCAGCAGAACACCGGGAGAGGCGUCGCAGUACCGCUGGUUCGUGCUGGUGCUGGACGGGAACUGCUCCGUCAUCAAGCAGCGCAUGACUGCCUUCGUCACCUUCCUGAAGGCGGCGCUGUCCUCCAAACUCUCAGUGGACUACGACGACGUGCUCGUGCCGUCAGUGUUCUGCGACAAAACCUUCAUGGUCAACAUCAGCCUCGACACAUUCAAGAACCCGGAUGUGGAGCGGCGGCUACGCACCCUGGCGGAGGCCAACACCACGCUGCUGGAGAUCUCUCAGGAGAUCUUCUACCUAGAAAAGAUCCUCACCAAGCGGUCAGCGGAGGAGACUCAGCACGUGGCGGCGGCGGUGAAGAAGCCAGACGACAUGGAAUUGGUGAUCUACAUCGCCGUGGGCUGCAUGUGUGCGUUCAUCCUUCUGUCGGUGGUGGUGGUGGUGCUGAUCCGCGUGUGUCGCCAGGACGGGGACCACCUCGACCUGGGCAAACCGCACCUCCACCACGUCAUUCCCCGCACCCUCGACUUCCCCAUCCGGCGGCCCAACGUCAUCUACUCCCAAAGGUUCAGCCAAGCCCUGACGCCCGGGAAAUGCGGAAGACAUAUGGAAGAAGAGGCGCCCGCAGGAGGUGGCGGAGGAGUGGGGGGCGUGGCAGUGGUGGCCGUAGGAGGCGCAGGACGUGGCUCCUAUCUCAGAUACGACCCUGAGAUCGGAGGCUGCGGGGGCGACGUGUACAGCAUCGGAGCCAUGACCGACGACCCCUACCACGACAGACGCGCCCUCGUCCCCGCCAGGAAGCGAAUCACACACAUACCAGGCGAGGACGUCAUCUUAGAGGAGGACCUGAUAGAAGAGGAGGAGGAAGAUGACGAGGAUGAUGAAGAUGACGACGAUGAUGAGGAUAUAGAGGUAGAUGAUGAUGAAGUCGAGGAGGAGGUAGUGGAGGACUUGAGGAGGCGAAGAAGGAGGCAGCGCAGUCUAGCAGAGGACGAAGCUGAGAUCCUUGGGGAAGAGUUGGAGGAGGAGCAAAGGAGGGCACACGCAGCUGCUUCGAGGGACGCCAUACGACCCAUCAGCUCGGGAGGUUCAAAAGGCAUCGUCAGGGCAGUUCUGGGAAAGGGGCGGAGGGCGGCGGGGGAGGUGUGCAGGGCUAGAGGGGCGGGGCUGGGGGCUUCGGGGGGGCAGCGAGGCGUGUUUUCGGGCCUAGACAAUCCAUGUUAUAACAGAUGAUGCGACUCUCACGCUUCCCUUGUGAGGACGAGCUCGCCGCCCCCGCCCUCCCCAGUCACUGAAGCUAUGUAAGGCGGGGGGCACUGCUGUCUCUAUCUAUCUAUCUAUCUGUGUAUCUCUGUGUAUCUAUCUCUCUCGUAUUCCGCCCCUGCACUCAAUUCUUCCGGCUGAUACUUUGAAAAAUGCGACUGCAGUUUAUUUCUUGCGAGUUCCCCCUUGUCUCCCCCCCCCUCUCUCUCUCUCUCUCUCUCUCUCUCUGGCACCGUUUCUCGUUUCCCGCCACUUUUGUAACACCGCUUAACUUUUUAUUCGCCAGUCUCGUGUCGCUUCGUUGUCGUUUUAUUCGUCUCAUUAAAAACUGCAUCCAGAUAUUAGCUCAGACCUUCGUCGCUCCGAGUAUAUAUAUAAAUAAUAUAUAAAAAAAGUCAUGUUAAAAAAAAGUUAAAAAAUUAAAUAUAAUGUUACACUCAACAGUCCGCUUGUUAUCGACGCUAAUGACAUUUUUACUGAUGGAGGCUCUUUUUUCAUAUAAGACUUGCCGUGUAUGUGCGUAUGUGUGUAUGUGCGUGGGUGUGUACGUGUGUGUGUGUGUGUGUGUGUGUGUGUGUGUGUGUGUGUGUGUGUUCAGUCAGUGUACACAGUGUUAAACGGUAUUUGCUUUGCUCCUUUCACCUCUCUCUCACUCUUUCUUUCUUUCUCUCUAAUCUCUCUCCCUCAUCUCUUUCCCUUUACUUUAUCUCCCUUAUCUCUCUCCUCAUUCCUCUCUCUCUCUCUCUCUCUCUCUCUCUCUCUCUCUCUCUCUCUCUCU